AUGGCAGCCUCCUAUGUCGGUAAAAAGACGUGGCCUUUUUUAAAAAUGAGUCACUCCAACCUUCUUCUUCAUCUGCUGGUCGGAUGUGUUCUCGUCUCGGCUGUUGACAGGAAUAAUUUUAAGAAAUGCGAUCAAAGCAGUUUUUGCAAACGAAACCGCAAGCUACAGCCAGGCAACUCACCCUAUGCAGCCGUUAUGGAAUCAGUCAAGAUAUCAGACAGUCUGAUUGAAAUGGAUGUGUUGAAUACAGCCAAUGGUGUAUUGCUUAGUCUGGAGUUGCAUGGCAUGGAGAUGAACACAGCAAGGCUAAGGAUUAAGGAAUCAGGAAAGAAACGAUACGAGGUACCAGACGUUGUGCAACCACAUCUUAUAAAAAGCCGCUGGACAGUAUCUCAAACCAGAGAUUCCUUAGAGGCAUCCCUACAGAAUGGUAUCACUGUCCGUCUUACUGCCAGCCCGCUACGUCUUGAUGUCAUGGAAGAAGAUAACGUUCUCAUUUCAGUCAACUCCAGGGGGUUAAUGAACUUUGAGCAUUUACGUGAGAAGAAAAGUCCUAAACCCCCUGGUGAGGAAGGACGAGAAGGAGAGGAAGGUGAAGCUCAACAGGAUGUUGCUGAAGAACCUGGUAUGUGGGAAGAGACAUACAAGUCACAUACAGACCACAAACCUAAAGGUCCCACGUCUGUUGGAAUGGAUUUUUCUUUUCCUGGUUUUGAUCAUGUUUAUGGCAUACCAGAGCAUGCUGACUCCUUUGCUUUAAAGACUACCGUGAGCACCGAUCCCUACCGUUUGUACAAUCUGGAUGUGUUUGAAUAUGAGUUAUACAACCCUAUGGCAUUAUAUGGUUCUGUACCCUACAUGUUAGCUCAUAGCUCAGAGAGAACUGUGGGUUUAUUUUGGCUUAAUUCUGCUGAGACAUGGAUUGAUAUUAGUUCCAAUACUGCAGACAAGUCUAUGUUCAACAGGAUGCUUGACUUCAUGAAGAGAGAUUCUGAAGUACCUCAGGUUGAUACUCAUUGGUUCUCAGAGAGUGGUAUCAUUGAUGUGUUCUUUCUACUGGGACCAACAACUGAACAAGUCAUGUAUCAGUAUGCUACCAUUACUGGUAUGCCAUCAAUGCCACCAUUAUUUAGUAUUGCAUACCACCAGUGCCGAUGGAAUUACAACGAUGAAGAUGACGUUAAAAAUGUGGAUGCCAAGUUUGAUGAGAAUGAUAUUCCAUAUGAUGUAAUAUGGCUUGAUAUUGAACACACCGAUGGCAAAAGGUACAUGACUUGGGAUUCACACAAGUUCUCCCAUCCCAUUGAGAUGCAAAAUCAAGUCGCUGCCAAGGGAAGAAAGAUGGUGACAAUCGUUGACCCUCAUCUCAAGAAGGAUUCUGGAUAUCACUUGAAUAGAGAAGCAAUAGACAAUGGCUACGUCGUCAGGACACACGAUAACAACGAUUACGAGGGUUGGUGCUGGCCAGGUUCCUCUAGUUACCCAGACUUCACCAGAGCUGAUGUUCGUAGCUGGUGGGCGGACAAACUGUCGUAUGAGAACUACAAGGGUUCUACUCCAAACCUCUUCACCUGGAAUGAUAUGAAUGAACCAUCUGUGUUUAAUGGACCUGAAGUUACUAUGCAUAAAGACACUGUACAUGCUGAUGGUUGGGAACAUAGGGAUGUACACAACGUCUAUGGAUAUUAUGUGCACAUGGCAACUGUUGAUGGGCAAAUUAAACGGUCUGGUGGGAAAGAAAGGCCAUUUGUUUUAUCAAGAGCGUUCUUUGCAGGAUCUCAGAGAUAUGGUGCUAUUUGGACUGGAGACAAUGAAGCAAGUUGGGAUCAUCUUAAAAUGAGUAUUCCCAUGUUACUGUCCAUUGGUGUAGCUGGAAUUCCUUUCAUUGGAGCUGAUGUCGGAGGCUUCUUCAAGAAUCCCGAUCCAGAACUACUCACCAGAUGGUAUCAAGCAGGGUCAUUCCAACCCUUCUUCCGUGCCCACGCCCAUCUGGAUACCAAACGACGUGAGCCUUGGCUCCUGCCACCCCACAUGACGGAUAUUGUACGUAAAGCUAUCAGAACACGCUAUGCAUUACUACCUUACUGGUAUACAGGAUUCUACAAAAGCUCUAACACAGGAAGCCCUGUAAUGAGACCAAUGUGGCAGGAGUUUCCUGAGGAUGAAUCUACAUUCUCAAUGGACAAUCAGUACAUGAUAGGUGAAUCCCUUCUUGUGAAGCCUGUGACUGAUCCAGGUGCAAACUCAGUCAGUGUUUAUUUCCCUGGAGAGAAUGUGGUUUGGUAUGACGUCAACACUCUGGAGAAGUUUGUCGGUCCCAGUACACAGUCUGUUUUUGUUAAUCUAGAAAAGAUCCCAGUAUAUCAGCGUGGUGGAACCAUCGUACCUCGUAAAGAGAGGGUUCGUCGCUGCUCAACACUAGGAAUUGCAGAUCCUUACACACUCAUUGUAGCCUUAGAUACCAAGCAAGAAGCAGCUGGUCAGUUAUACAUGGACGAUGGACACAGUUUUGAUUACAAAUCAGGGCUCUUUCAGUACAAACAUAUCACUUACAAGAACAACAUUAUUCAAUCAAGGUCUGUUGAUAUGAACGGCAGGUACCAGACUAAAUCUUGGCUAGAGAGAGUGGUUGUGAUUGGUGUAGCGAGGUCACCAAAGGUCAUCGAACUCUCAGGAGACACGAUAAGCACCCACCAUGUAGAGUUCAGCUUCAACCAGAGCAACAAUGUACUGGUUAUAAGGAAGCCAGACGUCAACAUGGCCACUGACUGGCUCAUGUCACUCAAAAUGUAGACAUCGAUCAAACAGGUUUAUUUAUUUAACCUUAUAUUCAAACGGUAUUUUUCGGAAUCGUGGGAGGAAGCCUUUGGGAUAGUUUUGUUGUAUACAGUCAGUUGCUGUGCAUAUUAAGAGAGAGUCACCCGUUGGAUGUAGUUUUUUGCUGGUUCGGGUAUGCAGGCUUUCUUUGAAUCAAUAUAAGAUACAAUUCAGUGGCCUUUUGUCUGUCAAGCCCGGCUCAUACUUCCUGCGAAACAAAUUUGACGUUACAGCUCUGUUUUCGCUGCGAUUCCAAAUGUUUUGCUGGAGUUCAGCACAGGGCAACAGGAAUUGUCGUAGCAAAUUAUUGACGUUGACAGGAAGUAUGAACCAGGCUUAAUGCUGCUGAUUCUGGGAUGCAUACUCUCUUUGAAUCAAUAUAAGGUACGAUGUUGGUGAAUCUGGGGUCUCUGGUGUAUAUAAUCUCUUCAAAUAAAGAUAAUGUACAAUAUUUUGGCU